GUGGCUGCACUGUCCAUCCCACUGCGCGCUCACAAAAUGGACCAGGAGACCCUGGGGAGCGUCGUCCUGCUCGCCAUUGUCACCUUGAUCAGCGUCAUCCAGAACGCUUUUUUUGCUAGCAAAUUGGAGCAUGAGAGUAAACACUGCAAUGGCAAAGGAAUCCAGCGGCCAGGCUCCUCUGCCUUUGAACGUGUCUACACUGCCAACCAAAAUUGUGGGCACACAUACCCUACGUUUCUCGCCGUGCUUUGGUGCGCUGGGCUUCUCUGCAGCCAAGCACCUGCCGCCUUUGCUGGCCUGAUGUACUUGUUUGUGAGGCAGAAGUACUUUGUGGGCUACCUGGGGGAGAGGACCCAGAGCACUCCUGGGUACUUGUUUGGGAAGCGUAUCAUUUUGUUCCUGUUCCUCAUGUCUGUGGCCGGGAUACUCAACUACUAUCUCAUCUACUUCUUUGGAAGUGACUUCGAAAUUCACAUAAAAACGAUAACCAGUGCCAUCUCACCGCUGCUCCUCAUUCCCUAGCUCUUCACAGUGCCCAGGGGUCAGCCUGCUUCACAUAUCAAUAUCCAGAAGCAGCUAUAAUUCAGCUGUUUAAGAAAUAAACCUAUAACCCUUUCAAAAUGCUGUAAAUCUAAUGCUCAGUGGGCUUUGUAGCUUGAUUUAACCUUGCUUUUUCCUUCAGGAAAAAGAUUUAUUGUGAGCACUCAGCAUGCUCAAGGAACAGUAACAACUUCCACUUAAUUCAUUGGAGUUUUUUUCAUUAAACUGCAUCUUGAAAGCCAGUUGCAUGACUGCAAGGGACAUUUUAUACUUUCAUUCUAACUAUUUUCCUUAGCGCUCAUAAUGAAAGCCGGGAGCCUCUGAGCUUCAUCCCUGAAGGAUGUGCAGCCACGACCACGUCCUGAAGCAGGCUUUCACCAUCAACCUGCACCCAUCUGCCCCUGCAAAUGCACAGGGCAGCCUCUUCUCCUACCCUUUCCCUUGCAUUUGUUGGUGACUGAGGGCAAGACAACAGGCUGGCCCCUGUCUGGUUUUCCUUGAUCAAUAUUCAUGUGUGUAAUGCUCCCAGCACUGAUCUCAUCCAUACCUCGGCCUGGCUAUCCUCCCAGAGCUGUGGAAAGGGGCCUUACAUCAAUGAGGAUCUGGUAAAUUGACAGCAAGAUUGGUUUUGUUUUGCUUUGCUUAAUAAAACAGCCUGAAAGGAUGAAA